AUGGAUCUCCUCCACUCUCUUAUUAAUAAACCAUUUCCAUUUUUCUUUUUCUCUUCCCUCCUUUUCCUCUCCUCUUUUAUCUUUGCCACUGUAAACAACAGUGAUGCUUUGUCAAUCCAAGAGCAAUACAUUGAAGACCACUUCUCUGCUUUGCUCCACCUGAAGCAGCGCUUUUCCUUCUCUGAGCUCAGCAAGACCAGACUUUUCUCUUGGAAUCCUGGUAACAGGGAUUGCUGCUCUUGGGAAGCCAUCACGUGCGAUGGUGCCACCGGUCACGUGAUCGGCCUCGACCUCAGCUACCUCUCGAUAUCUGGUCUGCUCGAUUUUAAAAGCAUCUUUCAUCUUCAAAGCCUGCAGAGGCUCAACCUCGCUCGAAAUGACUUCGAUCUCUCUCGAAUCCCUUCUGGGUUUGACCAGCUCACCAGCUUGACCCAUCUCAACCUCUCUUCUUCGAAUUUUUAUGGCCAAAUCCCGCUGGAAAUAUCCCUGUUGACCAGCUUGGUUUCUCUCGAUCUAUCUUUCAAUUCCCUUCAACUUGAAAACCCCAACAUUGGAGCACUCGUCCAAAAUCUCUCUAGUCUGAGAGAACUGUAUCUCGAUCGGGUAUAUAUCUCAGCUGAGGGUAGCGAGUGGGGCCUGGCCUUAUCCUCCGCACUCCCUCGUCUCCGCAAGUUGAGCUUGAGAGGCUGUGGUCUUUCGGGCCCCAUCCAUUCUUCCCUUUCCAGCCUCUGUUUCUUAUCUCAACUUCGUCUCAGUGGAAACAGUCUCUCUUCUGUCAUACCCAACUUCAUAGGGAACUUCUCUUCUUUAACCUCACUAGCUCUCAGUGAUUGUGGAUUGUAUGGAAAAAUUCCAGAGAGUAUUUUCAGGCUGCCAAACCUACAAACCCUCGAUGUAGGAUACAAUCCACUUCUCACAGGCAAGAUCCCUCCAAACAAUACUCUCCAAGGGCUGGUCCUAUCCGACACUGGAUUUUGUAGCAAGCUACGGGAUUCAUUCAGUAAUUUGGAACUGCUGACCAUGUUGGAAAUCAGAGAUUGCAAGCUAUCAGGCCAAUUUCCAUCUGGGCUUGUGAUGCUCCGCAAACUCGCACGUUUGGAUCUUUCAUCCAGCGGUUUCAGCGGACCAUUGCCAUCCUCUCUUGCCAACCUCAGCAACCUUGUUUAUUUGGAUCUUUCAGCCAAUGGUUUCAGCGGACCAUUUCCGUCCUCUCUGGUCAACCUCAGCAACCUCGUUUAUUUGGAUAUUUCAUCAAAUGAUUUCAGUGGUCCAAUCCCUUCUUCCCAUGGAAACAAGCUUCAAAAUCUUAAAGAGCUCCACUGUCCCGACAAUUCACUUAGUGGGACCAUCCCAUCAUCAUUGUUUUCACUUCCAUCACUACGAAUGUUGGUUCUCUCGGGUAACCAAUUUAGUGGUCAUCUUGUGGAGUUCCAAAAUGCUUCCUCUUUACCAUUAGAGAGCAUUAACUUAGAAAACAACAACUUGCAGGGGCCCAUUCCAAGGUCAAUCUUUCAACUCACCAUGCUUACAUACCUCGCCCUUUCAUCCAAUAGUUUCAAUGGCACAAUCCCUUCCUUGUAUGGAAAUGAUCUUCGGAUUUGUGUUCAUCUGAACUUGUCCAACAAUUCACUUAGUGGGACCAUCCCAUCAUCUUUGUUUUCACUCCCAUCAUUAAGAGAGGUGCUUCUCCAAGACAACCACUUCAGUGGUCAGCUUGGAGAGUUCCACAAUGCAUCCUCUUUAUUAUUAGAGAAGAUCUAUUUGGAUAAGAACAAGUUGCAGGGGCCUAUUCCAAGGUCAAUCUUUCAACUCACCAAGCUUACAGAACUCUCACUUUUGUCAAACAAUUUCAAUGGUGACCUGGACCUUGGUUUAUUCCAAAACCUUAAGGACCUACGGUACCUUGAUCUUUCAAAUAACCAUUUCUCAGUCUAUGAUAUCGGAAGCAAUUCAACCUCUAUAUCUUUCCCCCAAAUUCAACAUUUGUUGUUAAGAUCUUGUAACAUUAGUAAAUUUCCAGAUAUCUUGAGAAGGCAAGAGGAGAUGUAUUUUUUGGACCUUUCCAACAACAGAAUCAAUGGUGAAAUACCCAAUUGGAUAUGGAAGGUUGGAAAUGAGAGUUUGACUUAUUUCAAUCUUUCUCAUAAUGAUUUGGAGGGAUUAGAGGGACCAUUUCCUCAUCUUUCCUUAAGUUCUUUGGAAGUUCUUGACCUUAGCUUUAACAUGUUAGAAGGCUCAAUUCCGAUUCCUCCGCUCUUCAUCCAUUUCUUUUCACUUUCAAGCAAUAAUCUCAGUGGAGAAGUUCCCUUGCUCAUUUGCAAUUGCACCUCCUUACAAGUCCUCGAUUUGUCUGACAACAGGCUCAAUGGUUUGAUUCCACCAUGUUUGGGUGAAAUCAAUGAUGACCUCAUUGUGUUGAAUCUUGGAGGAAAUGCAUUUCAUGGCAACUUGCUUCAAACAUUCAAAGAGGGUUGCAUACUAGAGACACUUGAUCUCAAUGGAAAUCAGUUGGAAGGUCAGGUGCCAAGGUCUUUGUCCAUGUGCAAGAUGUUAGAGGUGUUAAACCUUGGAAACAAUCACAUACAUGACACCUUCCCUUUUUGGUUGGAAAAUCUAUCCCAGUUGCGCAUUCUCAUCUUGGGAUCCAACAAAUUUUAUGGCACCAUUGGACACCCCAUAAUAAAUCACAGCUUUCCAUUGUUACAAAUCUCCGACCUCUCUUCCAAUCGUUUUACUGGUAGCUUGCCUUCAAAUAUGUUCAGGAGCUGGAAGGCAAUGAUGGAGGAAGGCAAAUCCCAAUCUCAAUUCCUUAGCAAACAAUUUGUGCAUGGAUACUAUCAAGACAAAGUAAUUGUUGUGAGCAAAGGGCAAGAAAUGAAACUAGUAAAGAUUCUUACCGCCUUCACCGUGGUGGAUCUCUCAAAUAACCAAUUUCAAGGGGUUAUCCCAAAAUCAGUUGGGGAUCUAAAGGCACUACAUGUGCUUAAUAUGUCUUACAACCAUCUCACAGGCCAAAUUCCAGCAUCAUUGGGGGGCAUAAAAGAUCUUGAGUCAUUAGAUCUCUCGCAGAAUGACUUGUUCGGAGAGAUUCCUCAGCAACUUACAAAGUUAACAUUCCUUGAGGUGUUAAAUCUUUCACAAAACCAGCUCGUAGGGAUCAUACCGCAGAGUCAACAAUUUCUUACAUUCACGAACGAAUCCUUUCAAGGGAACUUGGGAUUAUGUGGUCCUCCACUAUCAAGGAAGUGUAGAGAUACCAAAGUUUCAUCAUUAUCAACACAAUCGGAAAGUAAAUAUGAUUGGGGAUCCAUGUGUAUUGGGUUUGGAGUUGGAUAUGGAGUGGGAAUGGGAAUUCUUCUGUGGACUACAGUACUUUGGACAAAGGGAAUGAAAGAAUACAUUCGAUCAAGAUUUCUUGAUCGAAUGUUAUUGAUGAUUUUUCCCUCUGCGGCCUUUGAUCUAAUACAGCGACGAUAA